AGCUGCUCUGCCCCGGGGGAAAGUCUGGGGGUGCCGGGGGGAACGCGAGCAGCAGCGCGGCCGCCUCCAUCCCCAGGCAGUGUGCCCCUCCAGACAUCCCUGCCUUCACUUCCAGACCCCUUGGGAGAUUCUGCCCUGUUGCUAAUUGUGGAGAGCUGUCCAGAAUCCUGAUUGCUCCUGCUGUGCUCCUGAGGUGGUGUGUUCCCUGGAACCACCACUGCUCCCCAGAAUGCUAAGCAGCAGCCGCCGUCACAGAGAGUGAGGCCAGUGGAGAACUAUAAAGUCACCACCAAAGGGGCUGAAACCACGAGUGAAGAACCUGAGCUGACCCAAAAGCAGACUGGUUCCUGUCGCCAGGUGGAACUGAGCUCCAGCCCAUCACCAGCCAGAUGCUGUGGGAAGCACAAAGCCUUCGAGAGCUGUAGUUGGAGUGGAUGCUGACCUGAAAUGUGAGCCUGGUGCAGCAGCUGCUCCUUCUGGCAGGCUUGCUGUGCCACCAGUGGCUCUGUGCAGAGACCAUCUAGCAUGCUCCUGCGAGCGGGCUGCUCUGCUGGUGCCAACAGCAGCCGAUCGGUGCCAGGGACCCCGGGCUGACCUCACCCCACCUGGGCAUUGGACCUGCAGAGGAGAAACCCUCUUGGGCUUUGGACACCCCUUCCUCUGCCUGCAUUCUUAUGAAGAGUCAGUGUUGGGCAUUAAAUGCAGCUCAGCCCAACUCAGCUGCUGUCUAUGAGUUUCUUCUGUGUUAAAGUUGGGCCAGAACCAGUUUCAAGGCAGCUGAAAGAAGAGCCAAAAAACCUACUUUGAAGCUGGAGGAAAGGGGGCUGGGCAGGCUCAGACCCCCACCCUUCCUGCCUGCUCUGCUGUGGCUGGUGUGACAGAAGAGCUGGGGCCAGAGGAUCAGCCCUGCUGGCUGGUGCUGAGGAGUAGGGUUUAUCUGGGAGCAUCCAGGCAACUCUCUGCUGUCCCAGCAGCAGGAGGAACCUCCAUGGGAAAGCUUUGCCAUCCUGAACUCGAUAACCGACCUUCCUUCCUCCAGCCUGUUGGGAUCUCGGCAGCAGCCCAUGCCGUGGUGCCUCUCCCACCCCACCCCAACUGGUUUGGACCUAACCUAGGAUAGAUCUCGGCGUGGCCUGGGCAGGGGGAGCCAUGGGGAGCUCGGCCUCGUCGCUGGCCGCCGAGACGGAGUCGGACCACGGCUUCGGGAGCGCGCCCUACCCCGGGCACCCGGCCGUGGGCUGGUAUAGGAGUAGUCCCAGUGGCCCAGUUUGGGAAAGUGCCCUUAUAACGAGGCAGCACCAGCACCUGCACCACCGGGUGCGAAGCCACUCCCACUCUCCUGGCUCCAUGGCUGCCGUGCACGAGUGGUCCUGCACCCGCUGCACCUUCCUGAACCCGGUGGGCCAGCGGCAGUGCUCCAUCUGCGAAGCCCCCCGCCAGAAGCCCGACCUCAACCACAUCCUGCGGCUCAGCGUGGAGGAGCAGAAGUGGGCUUGUGCCCGCUGCACCUUCAGGAACUUUCUGGGCAAGGAAACCUGUGAGGUGUGUGGCUUCACCCCCGAGCCAGGGCCCAGUGGCUCCCCUUUGCCCGUCAUCAACGGCGUCUUGCCCAAGCCCACCGUGCUGGCGGAGCCCAAGGGCACGUCCAAGGAGGAGGCUGCCAAGACAGAAAGCAGCAGCGAGGACUCGGAGGGGAAGAGCCCUGAUGAGGCAGAGCUGGAGAGUGGCUGGGCUUGCCAGCGCUGCACGCUGCACAACACGCCGGUGGCCAACUCCUGCUCUGCCUGCGGGGGCCCACGCAAGCUCUCCCUGCCCAAGAUCCCACCAGAGGCGCUGGUCGUCCCUGAAGUCAUCACCCCUGCUGGAUUCCACAUGGCCCCCUCUACCCCGCAGCCUUUAGUUUCUGCAGACAUCUCCGACGGUGAUGCCGUGGCUACUCAGGGCCCGGUGGCGAUGGAGCAAGAAGCCCAGAAGGUCCCGGCCUUCGGUCCCUUCUCCCCAGGGCUCCAGAACAACCCCGUGCCCCGCAGCCGCCGGGAGGUCCCACCCCAGCUGCAGAUGCCGGUCCCCGAAGCCUCCCAGCCCGUGGCUCCAAGUGCAGCAGGACAGAAGGGCUCCCCACAGGGUCAGGCCAGGGCUGCCCCGGCCACCCGCUUCCAGGAGCUGCUGUCCAACAAGCGGCUGAGCGUGCUGGAGGAGGAGAUGGACGUCAGUCCCUCCCACUGGAAGUGCAGCUCCUGCUCCCUGCUUAACUCCGCCGUGGCCAGCAAGUGUGAGGCUUGCAACACCCAGAAGGGCAGUGACACCAUCGACCUGGUGGGAGACUCGGUGAGAUUCACCCCUUGCAGCCCUUCCAGCCCUGACUUCACCACCUGGUCCUGUUCCAAGUGCACCCUCAAGAACCCCACCCUGGCCCAGAAGUGCAAAGCCUGCGGCUCCUCCAAGCUGCACGGCUUCCAGGAGCACGGGACGCCGGCCGAGCCGUCCCCCCGCUGCCCCGACUGCGACAAGGGCGGCUGCUCCUCCUGCGCUGGGAAGGCUCCGUCCGCCCGCAAGGUCGCCCGGCUCUUCCCGUCCCCGCUGCCUGGCCAGGAGAGGCCGGGCCAGUGGGCCUGUCCUGCCUGCACCCUGCUCAACGAGCUGAAGGCCAAGCACUGCGUGGCCUGCCAUACCCCGCAGCAGUACGUGGCCCAGCGCAAGGGCCUCAAGCCCCUGAAGAGGCGGGAGAGCAUGCACGUGGAGAAGAGGCGGCAGACGGAUGAGGGGGAGGCCAAAGCCCUGUGGGAGAACAUAGUCACCUUCUGCCGGGAGAACAAAGUCAAUUUUGUAGAUGACAGUUUCCACCCCGGGCCCAAGUCGGUGGGGUUCCCGGAGGGCGACAGCGUCCAGCAGAGGGUCCGGCAGUGGCUGCGGCCCCACGAGAUCAACUGCAGCAUCUUCAAGGACCGGACGGUGAAGUGGUCGGUGUUCAGGACCCCCAGGCCCUCAGAUAUCCUGCAGGGGCUGCUGGGAAACUGCUGGUUCCUGAGUGCCCUGGCCGUGCUGGCUGAGCGGCCAGAGCUGGUGGAGAGGGUGAUGAUCACCAGGACCCUGUGUCCUGAGGGUGCCUACCAGGUGCGGCUCUGCAAGGACGGCACAUGGACCACGGUGCUGGUGGAUGACAUGCUGCCCUGCGACGAGUGUGGGUACCUCCUCUUCUCACAGGCCCAGAGGAAGCAGCUGUGGGUUGCCCUCAUCGAGAAGGCUCUGGCCAAGCUCCACGGUUCGUACUUUGCCCUCCAGGCCGGGCGCGCUAUCGAAGGCCUGGCUACACUAACGGGUGCCCCCUGCGAGAGCCUGAUGCUGCAGGUCAGCUCCACUAACCCCCGGGAGGAGCCCAUUGACACUGACCUCAUCUGGGCCAAAAUGCUGAGCUCUAAGGAGGCUGGGUUCCUCAUGGGUGCGUCCUGUGGUGGAGGCAACAUGAAGGUGGAUGAUGUGGCCUACGAGAGCAUGGGGCUGCGCCCACGGCACGCCUACUCCAUCCUGGACGUGAGGGAUGUCCAAGGCUUCAGGUUACUGCGGCUCCGAAACCCCUGGGGCCGCUUCUCCUGGAACGGCAGCUGGUCGGACGAGUGGCCGCACUGGCCGGCUCCGCUGCGGCACGACCUGAUGCCCCACGGCAGCAGCGAGGGGGUCUUCUGGAUGGAGUACAGUGACUUCAUCAAGUAUUUUGACUCCGUGGAUAUCUGCAAGCUCCAUUCAGACUGGCACGAGGUGCGUGUGCAGGGCAUGUUCCCCAACAAGGCCAACGGGCCGGUGACGGUGACGUCCCUGACGGUGCUGGAACGCGCCGCCCUGGAGUUCGCCCUCUUCCAGGAGGGCAGCAGGCGGUCGGACACAGUGGACAGCCACCUGCUGGAUCUGUGCAUCAUGGUUUUCCGGGCCACCUUCAGCAACGGGAACAAGCUGAGCCUGGGCAGGCUGAUGGCUCACAGCAAACGGGCCGUCAAGAAGUUCGUCAACUGCGACGUGAUGCUGGAGCCGGGCGAGUACGCCGUGGUGUGCUGUGCCUUCAACCACUGGAGCACCACCCUGGCAGGCCCCGCCACUGCCCAGGCAUCCAGCCCCACCAGCAGCCGUGCGGCCACUGAUUAUUCCAGCUAUAUCCUGGCCAUCUACAGCUCCCGCCUGGUGAUGGUGGAGCAGGUGGAGGCACAGCCCACCACGCUGGCUGAUGCCAUCAUCCUGCUGACUGAGAACAAGGGCGAGCGCCACGAGGGCCGUGAGGGAAUGACCUGCUACUACUUGACACACGGCUGGGCAGGGCUCAUUGUGGUGGUGGAGAACAGGCACCCCAAGUCCUACCUGCACGUCCAGUGCGACUGCACCGACAGCUUCAACGUCGUCUCCACGCGCAGCAGCCUCAAAACGCAGGACAGCGUCCCCCCCCUGCACAGGUCUGGGGCAGGUGCUGGUGAUCCUCUCCCAGCUGGAGGGCAACGCUGGCUUCUCCAUCACCCACCGCCUGGCCCACCGCAAGGCCACCCAGGCCUUCCUCAACGACUGGAUGUCAACCAAGGGCACCCACAACCCGCUGCUCACCCCCGAGGUGGCCGGGCUGCACGGCCCCCGGCCCCUAUGACAAAACGCCUCCCCCUCCCGACUCUGCCCCCCCCUCAUUGUCACCGAGCCCCUGGCCUGGGGUUGUCCCCUGAGCUGCCAGCACUGGGCCGUGGGGCAGAGCCAGGACAUCACCCCCAGCACUUCACUCCACGCCGUGGGGCCGCGACAAGCUCUCAGGGCCAGGACCAGCUCUGCCCGCUGCCCCCCGGCCCCCCCGUGCACUUUAUGAGGAGUGGCUGGGGGCACGGGGCCAUCUCAGGAUCCCACCUGCCCCCUACCCACCCCGGGCACGCAGCGGGGGGCUGCAGGGCAGGGGGGGCAGGGGGUUGCUGUCAAGGUCCUUCCCAGGCACCACGCUCAGGACUCUGCUCCCUCCCGCGGCGCCCGGGCCCCGGCGCUGCAAAGAAAAAAGAAUAUACCUCUGACGUCUGUCCGUCCGUGUGACCCCCCGUCUGUCCCCAGCCCUGCCCCCUGUCUUGUUACCCGCCCCCUCCCCUGCUGCCAGCACCAAGGUGGCACUGAGGUACUGCAGUGGGGACGAGGGAGUGCCGGGGUCACCCCGCUGAGGUGCUGCCCGUGCUGGCUGCUCAUGGUGGGAUGUGCUGUGGUGCCUGGAUCCCCCAGUCCACCUCCCCUACCCUGGGGGCUGCCCCCCACGCCGGGCUGCGGAGUAGGGGGGCUCUGGGUUGUUCUAGAAAGCUGCUGGUGCCAGGGCUUCACCACACCUCGGGGUGAAAGGCAGAGGUGCCUCCUGUGCUGGAGCGGGGCCACGGGGCGCUGCUGGGGGGGCUGUGGUAGCAGGGACCCCUCUCAACUCGUCACACAAGUGUUACUAUGCAAAGGCGGCCGCUGAAAGCAGUGCCUGGAGAGAAGCCAUGUGUCCCAGCUGGGCUCAGCCCCGGGCACUGCCCUGCAGGGCCUCACCCCCCCCCCUGCCCUGCCCUGCGGAGCCUGGGGGCAGCAGGUACAGCCCCAGGCUUUGGGGAGCAGCUCCCUGUGGCUUUACCGUGUUGCCAUGUGCCAGGGAGGGAAGGGAUGAUUUUGGGAGAGGAGGGGGAAGUAGAGCCCCAUCCUUCAGAGGUUAAGUGGUGAGCCCAGGGUGAAGGGCCUUGGGAUGCUGCUGGCCCCGGGGGUGCUCUGUGGCUGAACCCCCAGUUUCGGGGCAUCGUGGCUUGGCAUGUGUGUUUGUGUGUUUUGGGGGGUCCCCUGGUGUUACCAUCUCCUUCUGAGGUUGCUUGGGGGGCACUGGGAGAUGCUGGGCUAUGUUUUGGUGGGGACCACUUGGGGGGGGGGGACAGCUCACCCCCCCCGUUCUGCACCCAGCCAGCUGGGCAGGGGUCUGCAGGCUGUGGGGUUUGCCCAGCGUGUCCCUCUGUCCCUCCCUCCACCUCGGAGCGUGGCCAGGGGGGGUGGGCUGCCCUGCCACCCUCCUGGCCCCCUUGGCCAGGGCUGCUGAGCCAAGCUCUGUCUGUAUUUUUGUUUGUUGAUCUGUUUUCUCUCUUCCCUGCUCCUUACUCAAGAUGAUUUGUCCUUCACUUUUUCCUCUCUCUCUCUCUCUCUCUCUCUCUCUCUGUCUUUAUGAGCUGUGAAUAUUUUUAACCCUGUAAAUACUGUCCAGCUCUUAAGAAACAUAGGAUAUUUUAUCAAUUGUAAAUCAGAUCAGUAAUCCCUGUACGAUAUGAAUUAUCCAUGGGUGGUUUUCAAACUCAGGUUCAGACGGACCAAAUAAAAGUCUUGUUUUUUACGGAA